AUUUAUCUUAAAAUUUGUAGUACUAGUAACCCCUGGACUAAUGGUUUCUUCCAUAUCCGAGCCACCCGUCAUGCACUUCGAUAAACAAAGUCACGUGAGGAUUUCGAUUUCACCUUUUUGCAUCAAUUAUGAUAAUGAGUAGCUGACAAAGUUCGUCGUGUUGCCCUUUCCUGCAACUAAGUUUGCCGGUUUUAGUCCAAAAUAACGUCGGCUAGCAGGUUGCAGCGAUGCCUGGGCCAGUGGAGAGGUGGCUCGACACGUUUAUGUGUGGACAAUACGCCGAAAUCUUUCACAGAUUCGGAUUUGAGACGCUUCAAUCGGUUUGCCAACUGCAACUGCACACGCUCCAGCAGAUGGGAGUAAAGCCCGAGGACUGCGAGAAAAUCUUGGAAAACGUCUCCGUGUUAAAACAGACGAUCCUGGGGUAUCGUUCCACAGCGGGGUCGACGCCGCCACAGAACGUCCCCAGCCUGCCCGACCCCGUCAGCGGCAUGCCCGCCCCGCCGCACCACACGCCCUCGCCGGGCCCCAACCCCAUCGUCAACCCGGCCAGCUCCGCGCUCAGGAACGUCGCCAGGAAUGCCACAAGUCGGGGGAUGUCAGGUACACCAGAGGGCUCUCAACUUGACCCCUACACUCACCCCACCUCCCCAGGCAUGGUUGGCCCACCGCCACAGAACUUCGACUCAGCGCCUUCCAAGCCUAUGUACGGUCCUCCAGGCUAUGUAGAGGAGCAGUACAGACCGCCACCCACACAAAAUGUGCCAAACCCACCCAAAGUCCAGCAGCAAACGAUGGGGCCGGGAUCGACCAUGAUGCCUCAGUACCCACAUCCACACCAGGUGGGCAUGGCAGACCCCGUCCCACCACACCCAGGCAGGCUCCCCAACGACCCAGGUGGACACCCAGGCGACCCGGCCAGGCACCCGGGCGUAUCACCUCAACUAUCGGAAACCCUGGCACAGAUCGAGCACCAGGCUAGACAACAACAGUACCAGAUCCCCCCUCCCAACCCCAGGUCAUCCCAAUAUGUACAGUACCAUCAGAGGAUGCAGCUCAUGGCUCGGCCACCAGGGGGCUCUUGGCCACAGUCUCCACCACCUCCCAUGUACCAGGGCCAGCAGGCAGGGAUGAUGGGAGGGCCACCCCAGCCCGGGCCACCUCACCUGAUGGGCCAGCAGCAGCCGCCGAGAUACGCCUCACCCCCACCCUACGGCCCCUCCAUGCAGCAGUCUGCCGGCAGCUACCCCCUGCAGGAGUUUCCCCCCACCUCCAUGAGAGGAACCCCCCCACCCAUGCACCCCUCCCAACAACUGGGCAUGCCCCAGCACCCCUCCAUGGGUCCGGGGUCCCCACCGUUGCCCCAGCAACGCCCCAUGUUCCUAGGUGACCCACGGGAGGAGGGUAUGAUGUACAGGGAGCAGCAGGUAGACAUGGGCCUCUACCCUCGCAUCAGAAGUCCGUCAGACGGACACAUGGGUCAGUUUGUCCCGCAGCGGAGAUUAAGUGCAGGGGAGAUGGAAGGGUACAUGGGGGGUCCCGCGGGGGUGCCUAGUCCCGUCCCGGGAGGGGGGCAGGGGUACCACCAUAUCAGACCCCCCAUGAGCAUGCAGUCACAGGCAGGGGAGAUGUACCGCUCCCCUCCUCCCCCUUCCAUGGACCAUCGGGGGCCGUCACCGUACUUGGUGAACGCUCAGGGGAUGGACAGAAGUGCCAUGCAGGGGGGGAUGGGUGGACUGAGUGGGUACAGAAGUCCCAUGGGUACUGUACAGAACCCUUCCUCUCCGCAUCUAAUGCCAGGCAGGGAAGGGAACCACUUCGUGUAUCCGUCCCCCGCCCAGCAAGCACAGCACUUCAGCCCCUCCCCCUCCCAGAUGCAGGUCAGGUCCCCCGUACCCCUGGGUUGUUCUAGCUCCAACACGAUUAGCUCUCCCUCCAACAUGGUGACGUCGCCCAUCUCCAACCCCUCCCCCGGCCCUGCCAUCCGGUCCCCGGGGAUGGGCCUUCACAUGCAGGGCAAGCCUGUCGCAGGGUACGUACAGUCCCCACACGGAGGGCCCUCACGCCUCCCCACCCCUGGGGAAUCCCCUGGCCCCGGCCCCUCCCCCUCACACAUGCAGUCCCCCCACAUGAUCAGCAGCCCUCCCCAGCAGGUCCACCCCCCACCCAGUAUGUACGACCCCCCAGACCCUCUCUACAGGACAGAGCCCUCGUACUGUCGCACAGACACGACAUUCAGUAGUUCCACCUUCGGUAGGCAGAGCCCCUACAUCCCCACUAGCAGUAACUUCAUCUCUGGAGUGAGUAGUUUGAACGCCCUAGCUUCCCAGGUGAACAACCUACCUAACACUGUCCAACAGGUGCCCCUCCCCGCUGACAUUGCCCCCAUCACAGGGGGGUCCAAACCCAGGCAGAGAAGGAAAACCAAGGAGGGGAACUCCAUGUCCCAGAACAUGGGCCCUUCCGAGGGACAGGAGAAUGCACAGAACUACACCAACCCACACACGCCACAACAGAUGGAAAAUUUUCGGCAGGUCGAUGGACCCCCUGAAAAAAGAACUAAACUGGAACACCCAGCAGAACCCAAGCCGAGCGUGUGUUCGGAUGGAAUUCACUGCGGGGAGCACGAAGGGGAUUCCAGUGUUUCCAUAGGAUUUGGGAAUGCAACUUCCUGUGGGGAUGCCAACUUCGGUAAUGGAUCUGCUGGCUGCUUUUCAACUACAACACAACAGGGUAAUAAUGUUAAGGAUGAAACGGUACCGGGAAUUCACAAAGAUCACAAUCCAACGUGCGAGGAUCACUCCGUGGAAAGAACUACAGUCGCGAAGUAUGAUGGUUCACAAAAUGAAACGAAACCGGAUCUUUUUUUAGGUUUACAGAGACCUCGCCAUAGUAAGUACAGGGAUAAAGGUUGUACAGACGUGAAGGAGGAGGAGCACUCCUCCAAACCUACGUGUAGUGUUGCGUCCAAGUGUUGUGAAAAUGGUUGUGUGGAAUGUUGUAGUGGUAACACCAAAGACGUGUCGUCUUCUGCCGCGGGGAAUUCCGACGUGUCCCUCUGUGAGGAAUGCGGGAGCGAGGAACGUGGUAAGGCACACGCGGAGGAGCUGCUUAACGGACCCGCGUGUAAGGUUUCUGUGAUUCAAAGCCAGGAAAGUCUGCGGAUCCAGUGUGUCACGGAUGAAAAGCACUUACCGAAUGGGCCGAGCAGUAGUGAGUCGUCGGACAUGUCCGGGGAUAGUGGAUUUCUGAGUGAUACGCCUCCUGAUGUCAGUAAAACCAAUGCAGAUGUUUCUCCUGACCACCCACUUUGUGCCAAAGACUCGUCAACUUCCCCCAAGAGAAACGAUACAGAGGACAAAAUACAGGUUCCACCGGUUAAGGCUGCAGAAUUGGAACCUAAGAAGGAGGGUUCAAAGAAAAAGAAGCGUUCGAGGAAAACACUGUCUACUGUGACCAAAUCACUCUUACUCCACCAGCCCGCUGCUGUGACGUCCCAGCAGAGCGUGGUUGCCUACCCUGUCAUCGUCCAAGUGUCCAGUUCGGAGGUAACAGGAACCACCAACUCCAUGACAGUCACAAGUACAACGUCAGGGUCAACCCUGGUGCCUCUGCAGGAGAACAGGAGUCCUCGCUCCUCAGAUGUCAGCCCAAAGGCUAACCCUCGCUCGAGCGAGAAAAAUUCUCCACCGAAUGCCAAAUGCAGUGGGGAUAGCAAGCACAUUACGUCACCGAAGCAGCCCUCAGUGAUCACAAAGAGCCCCAAGAGAAACUCCCCAAAUGCCACCACAUCAUCAACAGUGUUGGUUUCCAGUGCCCAGUCACCGUCUACCUCCACUGUAAGGUCAGUUUCUCCCAAGAGCAGCCUGGUUCUUACAGUGGGCUCCAGGGGUGUCGCUGCCCUGUCGAGUUCUGCGUCAGGCUCCAAGCUGCAGUCGGCUACAUCUCCCAACUCAUCUAAAGUCACUGCCAUCGUUUCCGACAGUUCCAGCGUAUCAUCCAGCGGAACAGUCGUGACGACGAGCCCGCUGUCGAUUAUCAGAACAGCGUCGGCCGGCUCUCCAAGCAUCCUGACCUUAAGCCCCAAGGCAGACUUCGCUGCAAGUCCUCGGAGUAGGCGCAAACAGAACUUGAUGCCCCUCUCCGAUGCGGAGGAAGAGACGAUAUGCGUCACUCGUACUGUUGACAACAGUUCGAAAGUGAAAGCACAGUUGUCACCAGGCGGAGAGCCCAACCAGCCCUCCAGCCCGAAGAAGAGAAAGUUAUCUGCCAUAGGUUCUCCUCAGAAAUCUUCCCCGAAAAAGAGACCAAAAGAGGAGAGACUGUCCACUGAGAGAAGUCUGUCACCAAAGAAGUCACCAAUGAAAGAUGUCCAUAAGGACUGGUCGAAAAUUCAGGUGGCAGAGACGAGUUUGUCGAAAAAGGAGAAUACGCUCUCUGUCUCUACUGUGAAGAUUUCUCCGAGAGAGAAUAACUCUCAUUCGACUUGCAGGAAACUGACUUGGGACAAGACGGAAAGUAAGACAAAAAAGGGAGGUGUGAUUAAAAGGACUUCAUUAGAAAAACCUCCCAGCUGUGGGACCAAACAGUCAAAGUAUUCCAAGUCAACACCAAUGCAUGAGUCAGAAGAUAGUAGUGUGAGAGAAGAGGCAGGCCUCAAUAAAAAACCUGUUCAGGCAAAGGAAACUUUGUCCACAACAGAAACUUCGCCCACAACAGAAACUUCACCCACUAAAGUCAGCCCUGUUCCUAAAAAAGUUCACUCUCCAAACUCCAAGUACAUCCAGCACGUAAAGUCUGAUGAAGUCAAGUCCGCAGACUUGAAGCCAGGUAUGAUCGUGGAUGGAAACCUCGUGGUCAUGCCAGAUGGUAGCCUAAAAAAGAAACGUGGCAGGCCGUUUGGGGCAAAGACCGUCAAUCGAAAGGCGGAGCUAAAAGGAAAGGGGGAGAAGGGAGAAAAGUCCCCAAAGAAAAAGACUUUGUCCAAAGAACCGUUUGAGUUCAGGACUACCAGUGACGGUGAGGAAAUAUCACUCACUAAGAGAGUUGAAACAAAGAGAGUAGAAACGGAGUCAAAGCCAGUUUGUAAAGAAGGGAGCCCAGCUGUGAAGCAGAAAGUCAGGGAGGAAACUCCCCCUAAGACCCUUACCCCUAAGACUGUAAGCAGGGAAGCAACUGCAGGGCUGAAGAGGAUGGUACGUGAUGACACCCCUACACAAGGUCCCAUAGUACGGAUCACCGGCCAGCUCGAGAGCCCGGUUUCGUGCACCGUGAUCAACAACCCAAACGAAGCAGACUCCGGCAAAAGUGAGCACAAAAAGAAGAAGCAGAAAAACAAGCACCACAGCCACGUGCACCACAGUCACCGGGAGAAGGUCUCAAGCAAGACAACAGAAAUAGACAUUGGCAGUGCACACCCCACACAUCCGGUCACACAUGCCAAAUGGGUGUGCUCCUUCUGUGGAAAGUCACCCAACUACAAAGAACUGGGCGACUUGUUUGGUCCCUACUACCUGGAAGGGAAAGGGAAAAGGCCGCUUCUGACCCAAACCAAAACACCGCCAAAACCUUCUGUGGACUUGAAAGACAACAAGUCUCGGAAAAGCAGAAGUAGAAACCCUUCAGAAGUUGGUGCCGAGCCCAAGCCAGGGCCUUCUGGCUUGUCCAGCCCAACCAAUACUCCACUGUCGAAAAGAAGACACAGGUCUCAGAGUGGUGGGGAGAAGGGUCGAAAGGCUGCUCACAAAGGUGGUGCCAAGGUGGCUGCCAGGAAAGGCAAGGAGGGAGGCAGUCCCCCGUGUUCACUGGAGGCUGUGGUUGUGCCAAUGUACCUGGAUGAGGUGUGGACACACGACCAGUGUGCUGUCUGGGCGAGCGGUGUGUUCAUCUUGGGAGGACGUCUACAUGGGCUCGAAGAAGCCAUCAAGGAAGCUCGGCAACAUUCCUGUAGUGAGUGUCAGACAGUGGGGGCUACUCUGGGGUGUGGCUUCAAAGGCUGUCAGCUGAAGUACCACUACGUCUGUGCUGUGGAUGCAGGCUGCUGUCUAAGUGAAGAAAACUUCUCUCUAAUGUGCUCCCAGCACAAGCACAAGACAAUAAGAUUUGUCCAGGUGUCUCAGCCGCGGUCCCAGCAGCUGACACCAGAUGAACCAGCGGCGCCGGAUGAGAAACGUGUCGCCGAGGGGGAACCGAUGGGUCUCGAGCUGGCCAGCACGUUGCCUGCAAGGAACACCCCUGCCUGUACCCCUUCUAGUGAUGCAGAGGGUAGAAAGAAACCGGCAGGCAAGUCCCAAAGGCAAGCUCUGUCUGUCGACAGGCCUGAGAGGGAAGGUAAAGAAGCUUCAUCAAAGCAGCAGGAACAUCCAUCCUCAGUAGCUGCCGAACCUGAGAAGAGCCUGUUUCCAUCAAAGACCUCUCGACAAAAGAACACUGUCUCAUCUAGCUGCUUGUCACAGCAGCAGAGACAAAGUUGUAGCACAGUAAAGUCAGCCUCAUCCAAGAAAAGAAACCUGGAAAAGCUUGUAGCUUCGAAGAUAAUUCUCGGCAAGGGUGGGGUGGUCACCAAGGGCAUCUCGUCACCACAAGUUUCCAAGCAGGCGAGUUCUGCACCAGCAAUGUCUUCCUCCGACACAAAAUCUGGGAAGGGUAGAACUGAGGUGAGAAGCUAUGUGGAUGAUUCUGACGAUUCGGAGGACUUUGACUAUGCCCCACCUGAGAAGGGGAACAGUGGGGAAGGUGAAAACCCAGACUCUAAGAGUGAAGACGACAGUAGUGAAGAUACAGGAGAGGAGACGGGAGACUCGUCCGAGGACUCAGAAGAAGAAGAGGAAGAUGAUAAGAAAGUACCAGAUGCGAUCUACGACAGGUCGUCCACACGAUCGGGUCGCACAGUGAAGGCCAGCCGCAGGCUCGACAAAUAUCUUCUGUUUUAAACUUCACAGCAUCUUGGUAGCUGGAUGUGAUGUGGAACCAAACCACUGUGGAAGGAAGGACGGGGGACGACUAGGCACUGGCUGUGGCUCCUAGGUCAAGGUCACCUUCAAUGUGACAGGUCUCUGUUGUGGCGGCAGGACCUUCCCUCGAACUUGACCUUGUACUUCACUUCACCAUCAAGCCAUGUGCCGACCCAGAGGAAUGUGUACACAAUGUACCCCUGUAAACUCCAUGCAUACAUGGUCCCUGUAUAUGUGAUAGGCUGUGGUACAUGUAUGCGGUAUAUAAAAUGUAUAUGUAUAUUAUUACUAUGUAGUUUGUAUACAUAAUCUCUACCACUGAAAAAAAGAGCAGGAUCCCUGUAUAUUGAUUUUUGAUUGUGAAGCAUGGGGAAAAACUUUAAAGAGAAACAUUUUUGUAUGGAGACACUAAUAUCACUGGGGCAAAAAUGUUGGGGUGGCCGUUUUGACCAUGUGCAAUCUUGUGAAGUAUUCAGAAUUGUUAUCUUUUUUUUGUUCAGUGAUUGUGGCAGUGGAAUUUCUGGAGGUGUUUGAUUUUUGAUAUGAUAUUAUAGAAGAAGUGAUGGCCUGGUCUGCAGAUGUUCAGUGCCAAGCCGUAGGUAUGCUUUAGGGCAGUAAUCUUUACUACGUUCUCCUGCCUACCAUAGCCACAGACAAGAGACCAUCCAGUCUACUGGGCCUGUGGUAGACAGGGGAACGCUCCAAUAGCCAUAACAAUGCCCUGUGCUGCAAUAACCUGAUAGCUAACAAAGAUCAUGAGUACGAAACAAAAUUAUGUGAUAGGAAUCAUGGAGAGGAAAAUUGUUUGAUGUACAAGAUGAUGUCGAUGAUUGUGGUUUCUUGCAAAGCAAAGAGCUUUGGAGAGCAGUAAUUCUAUGUAUUAGAGAGACGUGUAUUUUGGUUCCUGUUUAUGACAAAAGGUCUAAAAAUGUUCAUGUUUAUUUCAAGUUUUGUUUUUUGUUUUGUUAACCAAAAGAGACCUCUGUCUGCUGUUUAACCGGUGCUACAUGUAGUAACUGGGAAGUUAUCGUGGAAAAAAAAGUAUGUAAAAGUACUACAGAGUUUAUAUGAAGAAAAAAAAAUUAUGUCUCUGGAAUGUAAUGUGGCCUGUGACAGCAAAGCUGUACUGUGGUUAAUGUGGGAUCUUAUACUGUACAUUUGUGGCUGUACAAAGAAGAAAUUCUGCCAGUGCCAAGAUUUUGAUGAGUGUCUGGAAGUGCAGACUUUGAUGAUUCGUACUUAAUACAUGGAUUUGUGAACAUGUCUCGUGGGAACCUGCAGUACUCCAUACAGGGGGAGAAAACGCUCGAAUCAGAGUAUUGUGUUUGUGUACAUCACUAUUAAAAGCAUCUGCAGAA